UCACAAAAAGCGCAGGUCUGUAGGCUGAGGGAGCAGUUCGUGCAUGGAUGGCUGCCGACGGUGGGUACGGGGGUGCAGAGCCGGAUUUUCUACCGUUUCCCAGAACCGAAUGGGCUUCUUGAGACGUUCAGGCGUUAUAACUUAACAUGGAUGUGUCACAGGAAGACGUAGACUCCUCUUACAAGGCGUUUCUCCAGAGUUUCUUGGAGAAAUACCCGGCCGACUUCGGUGCGGACGACCCCCUCCCACUUCGGCUGAUCACUUUUUAUCUGUCAGCAGACGAAGUUGAAGGCGAACUUUUGGACUGGAUUUUACAGUGGUUAGAGAAAUGUGCUGCUCCAUGGCUGCUUGCGGCUGCCCUUGCCAGACACACAGUGGACGAGUUCCUCUCCCAGGACCUGGCACAGUACCACAGGCAGGCAGAGGAGGAGCAGGAGGAACAACAACAGCCUCAACUUGAGGCAGAAAGACUGGCCAAGGCAGCGUUUAACAGAAUACGUGGGCUGUGCAAUGACUGGAGCAGAGAUGGGCUGCCGACCCUGCAGCCGUGUAGGAAGUCCCUGCCAGAGUCUUCCCUCUGCAGCAUCAAAAACACCCGCAGAAGGAUGGAGGAUCGCCACCUCAGAGUCCCCGAUCUCAACUUCCUCUUCAACCUCAAGGACCAAGAAGAACAGUGCUUGUAUGGUGUGUUUGAUGGCCAUGGAGGCAUUGACGCCGCCAACUACACUGCUGCCCAUCUCUACGUCAACAUCGUCAGACAUCCCAGUUUCCAUGACGACGUGGAAACUGCUCUCAGGGAAUCCAACCUUGCCACAGAUGCAAAAUUUUGUGAGAAGGCCAAACAAGAGGGCCUUAGGAGUGGUUCGACUGCAGUGAUUGUACUAAUCCGAGACAGCACCUUGUACGUGUCGUGGUGUGGGGACAGCUCGGCUAUGGUCAUCAGGAAGGAGAGAUGUCUGGAGAUCAUGGAGGCACACAAACCGGAGAGAGAAGAUGAAAGGAAGAGGAUAGAGGAUCUCGGAGGCUGUGUUGUUCACUACGGCACAUGGCGAGUCAACGGAAACUUGUCAGUGUCCAGGGCAAUAGGAGAUGCCAGCGAGAAGCCAUACAUCAGUGGGGAAGCAGACGUCACCAAAGUGCCUUUAGAUGGCUCGGAGGAGUACCUGAUCGUGGGCUGCGACGGUUUCUGGGAGCACAUCUCCCACGGACAGAUCACCGACACCAUCCAGGCCAGCAUCACCAAGAACGAGGGGAGCCGACAGCAGGUCGCCAAAGACCUGGUAGCCAUGGCCAAAGACAAUGGGUCCUCCGACAACAUCACUGUGAUAGCCGUGAGCUUGGGGGGCCAACACAACCAGGUUGAUAACAAUGUUGGGGAGGGAGAUGCACCGAAGACAAAGGAUGAUGACUCCAACCCCAACGGGGCUGACAAGGACAAUUCCGAAAGUGGUUCGGACACCCCCAACAGUUCCAGUAGCGACGCGACCGGUUCGAAUUUCACAACAAGUGUAUCGGGAGGACACCCGCCGGGGACGUACAGUGCGAACUACUCCGGAUCCUGUUUCAGUGGACGUUUCUUACCGCAGUCGCAUCUCCGAGCAAAGAGGCCUUUACACAAGACUUCUUCACUACCCUUGUCUCUCGGAGAGAGGCCUUUACAUAAGACUACUUCGCUACCGUUGUCAGGAGGGGCAUCGAACGUGAGCAAGGUUGACAGAGAGGUUGUUUCGUACUUGAAUGUUCUGGAGGGCAACCAGAUCCGGUUGGUAGGGAAACCACACGGCGAGCGAACCGUAAUGAAGAGCCAAGUGUCUCCGGUGUCCCUCAGUCCCGUUCUCACGGAGGGGUCUGUCAGCCACCAGCUGCCACUCACCGUCAGACUCAGUCCGAGUUUUCAGCGCAAACAACAAGUCAACCAAACCAGCCUGAUCCCAGCCAAGAGAGCCAGCAGCUCCCCCUUGAUGCUUCCUCCGGUACCGCAGGCACCACACCCUUCCCUCAUCAUGGAGGAUCGUCUGGAUGUCCCGCGGGCGAGUCUUUCCUUUCCCCCGCCGAAAGUGGACACGAACUUUAAGGGAAAAUUUGUGGACUUUUUCCUGAGGAGAAGAAACAGGGUGAAGCCACUACCAUCUGUGUGAGGCUGUAAACAUACAGAUAAAAUUUAAGAAAAACAAACAAACUUUUUUUCUUCUGUUUCUGGAAGCAAACAUACAAAAAAAACGAAAAGGAAAAUCUGGCUAGAGAAAAAUUUUAAAACACAUCCCACCCUUCCUGUUUUCCAUACAAGUAAAUCUGGCUAGAGAGCAAUUUAGAACACAUCCCACAAUUCCUCUUUUUCAUACAAGUAAAUCUGGCUACAAAACAAUUUACUAGUAAAACACACUCCAUCCUUCCAGUUUUCCAUACAAGUGAGUAAUAUAUAAAAUAUAUAUUUUUUAACAGUCAGUUAAAACCCUUUGUCCAUACUUUUGCCAUCUACAUUGUCUUCUAUUUCACACAUUUUUCAAUUUCAAUUCACAUAAUACAAAAAAAAAUUAUUAUCAUUCUCUUCAAGCACCAUUCUGUCUUUUCUUUCGGAGUCAAACAGAAUAAGAAGUCAAACUUGUAGUUGUAUUCUAAUAAACGCAAACAAUGCAGGGGUUGAAACUUGAGUUCUUCAUUCACAAGCCAACAAUUUCCCAUGCCAAUAUCACACAUUGAUAAGCCACAUCUGUGAUUCAGGGAUUUUGCACUUGCUCUGCUGCACAUUUUGUACAUGCCACAACUUCCACAGCUGUGCUCUUAGGCCCCCUUUCCACUUGACGGCGAUUGCGCUGCGCUCUCACUGAGACCUAAAUAGAAUAUGUGUAACGUUCGCUUUCACACUGGGUUUAUUAAACGAAAUGUAAAAGUGUUACUAAGUAGACAAGAAAACACACAAAGUGUAAAAAGAUUUGUUUCUUUUCUAUACACUUCGAUAUGUCAAAUUUUAGGUCGCAGAGAGCGGCGAGAGUGCCGUCCUAGUGGAAAGGGGGUAUAAGAGAUGCAGCUGUUUUCGGUGCAAUCUAUAUGUGCCUUUUACUCUACACAUUACUGUAAAAUAUUGACAUGUUUGCAAGGGUUUUAUUUUAGAGGUGAUCUUUCAAACUUGAAUUCAUUACACUGAGAGUUUCCAAGGUUUUACUACUGUACUACAGAAAUGGUUUCAACUGUGAUCCUAGAAAAAUCCUCUACUGCGAAAUUAAAUCCCUGCAAAAAUUAGAAGAAAAAAAAAUACAGUACUAUCCUACCUCUGCACAAUUCAGUCAUUCAUUCAUACAGCUGAACAUUCAGAUCAGAUGUAGGAGAAAUUUUAUAAUUAUUUCUUGGGUAACAGUAUUUGUACAGUCUUGAUAGUAUGGCUCGUAGCUCAAAGAAGUACAGACGCACAAGUGUUCCCUUAAACCUAACAGCUGUUUCUGCAUAGCUUUGGAGUUGGUUGAGUAGUGUAAAAUGUACAUGUCUGCUUAUUACUUGUACAUGUCGGCUUAGCUUGCAAUUGUCUGUGAUUUCUACAUUCUUGCAUUCACUUUUGACCCAUUGACCAGAUAUAGGGCUAACGUUUACGUUACUUAAGAGAAGUGGUUUGCUGUAUGUCCGAGGCAUUUAUAAUAUAUAAUCCAACUUUGGAAACAAAAUAGUCUCUGGAUUGUGGAUGAACAUCAAGAUGUUGUAGGGUUGGAAUCUAACAGAAAGCAAUAAGAUUUGAACCUAGCUCUUAGAGCUAUUGUAGAGGAGUUAAACAAAGGACACUGUAAGUUGACCGAAGGUCCAAUAAUAUAACAUUGCAGUUUGUGAAACUUCAUAGUAUUGUUUGUGUUGUAAAUUAUAUAUACAAGCAUCACGUUUUGAUUUGGAGAAGUGCAUGUAAAUAGAUGUACGGUUAUUUGUGUCUUGUUUAAGUGUGUCACUGGGCUUUGGUGUUUGGGUAAAACUACUGUAAUUCCUGAUUUUUUCAAUGUACUGUUAUGUUCACGGUUUUCACGGUGACGACUGUAACGUGAACUUAUCAUUACCGAUAAAAAAUAAUUCACAGACUUUUUUCAUGUGCACUUGCCUCGACAGUGAACAUUUAGUUCCGAGAACAAGUUCAAUUUUCUCAGACCGUGAAAAUUUGGUACCGUGAAGAUAAAGUGAAUUACAGUAUAUGAUACACAGACUGUUUAUGCACAAACAUGUUUUCAUGGCCAUUCUUGGCCAUAUAGUUGUUCAUUGACAUUAUUCUAUUGUCAUUACAACAUGCAGUGUACUGUGUAGUUAAUUAAUAAGUUAUCUUCUAUGUGCAAGAAAGUGUGAACUGGGAAUUUUGCAUGCAAUACAUGGACUUUUCUAGGGUUUUGUAAUUGUAUCAUGUUAGUAUUGAUAACCAAAGCGAAUAAAAAGCUACGACCAAAGGC